AUGGCGGACACUGGCAAGUCAGUGCGGUCGCCUCACAAGGCAGUCAAAACAAAGUCUGUUCGAUCAAACAAGGCACUCUCGACCGCUUCGCCAAACCAACAGACGGCGAUAUACCACGACUCAGAUGAUUCGGAUCAAGAACCUGUUCCCUUACCGCGUAGCCAUACGCCGGGUCACCUCGCAAGCAAGAGCAUCAAUGACAAGCGAAGGAAGCCGUCCGAUCUCGCUAUCCGGCAACGAUCGCAAUCCGCCUCUCAAGUGUCGAAUGCCAGCUCGAGCACAUAUGUAGCCAAAGCCUCUGUCGUUUCGAAUGGCUCUGCCGAGCCCACCGCCGAAGAUGAAGAAAAGGAGAAAAAGCGGCCGUCCGGGUCAAGAACCAAUUCUUCCAUGGGCGGCAGCAGUCGAAAAGCCCUGUCUUCCUCUGCCACAGCUCGCCAGACUACCAGAGUUACUCGACCUCCGCGAGGGCAACACGUACCUUUUCCGCCGUUGCCCGAUCCCAAAAAUGCGCCAGAUGUUGAGCCUGCCCCGGCGUCGGGCAUGUACUGGUCCAAGGCGUUUGUAUCUGGGUCGCCACACUCCAACCUCCGAGCUCACACGACAACGUUGAUUGGGUCCAAUGUCUACAUUUUUGGAGGCUGCGACUCACGAACAUGUUUCAACGCAGUUUACGUACUAGACGGCGAUGCGUUCUACUGGUCCGUACCGCACAUGGUCGGCGACAUCCCCAUGCCCCUCCGAGCGAUGACCUGUACCGCCGUGGGCAAGAAGCUCGUAGUGUUUGGCGGUGGCGACGGCCCGGCCUAUUACAAUGAUGUAUACGUUUUAGAUACCGUCAAUUUCCGAUGGACAAAACCUCGCAUAGUAGGAGACAAGGUCCCUUCAAAGCGAAGAGCCCACACUGCAUGCCUGUACAAGAAUGGCAUCUAUGUGUUUGGAGGCGGUGAUGGUGUCAGAGCACUAAACGACAUAUGGAGACUGGACGUUAGCGAUCCCACCAAAAUGUCAUGGAAACUCAUAUCCGGACCCGAAAAGUCAUCCUCCAGCUCAACCAAGGACUACCGUCCCAAAGCUCGUGGCUACCACACGGCCAAUAUGGUUGGCAGCAAGCUCAUUAUAUUCGGCGGCUCAGACGGCGGCGAGUGUUUCGACGACGUCUGGGUAUAUGACGUGGAAACGCACGUCUGGAAGGCAGUCUCCAUACCCGUCACAUACAGGCGUUUAUCGCACACGGCCACAAUCGUAGGCUCGUACCUAUUUGUGCUGGGGGGUCACGACGGAAACGAUUACUGCAACGAUGUGCUGUUGCUUAAUCUCGUGACGAUGACGUGGGACAAGCGGAAAGUAUACGGAAAACCACCCAGUGGGAGGGGAUAUCACGGCACAGUGCUUUAUGAUAGCAGGCUCUUGGUGAUUGGGGGCUUUGACGGGAGCGAGGUAUUUGGGGAUGUGACGAUUUUGGAGUUGGCGGUACAUGCGUAUUAUUCGCAGAUUAGUCAUUUUACGAUUGAAGUUUAA